GGCCAGACGGAGGGAUCCAUCAUCGGCUGGCUCUUGGCAGUCUACGCUGUGCCCAGCGUCCUUCUGCUUAUCAUUGGACCUCUGGCUCGAGUCACGCAGCUCCGCUUCCUCGAGAACUGCAGCCAAUCAGAGGCAGGCAGCCCACCUCGCCAAGUCGGUCAGGAAGAAGGGGCUGGGGGAAACAUAAUCUGCUUGGACGUUCUGCCAGCUGCACCAGUCGGAAGUAUGGGUCAGCAGGAUAAAGUGGAUGAGGCUGGAUUCCUUAUAGAGAAGCAAAAAACAAAGAUGUUUGUCCGAGCUGAGCACAUAUAUCUGGCUGUGUAUAUGGUACCUUCCUUGCUUAGAUUUAUGGUUUGUUAA